CCUCAACCACGCCCCUUUUACAAAACAAGCAACAUUUUCUGCAACAAUAGCCCGAGAAUAGCUCAAAACUAAUGGCUGAUAUCGAUGAAGACACUUCUCCUUUGAUCCAGUCAGUGGAAGUACAAGAAAGUGAUGAAGAGGAAGCAAGUGAAGGAGAAGGAACAGUAAAAGAACAGGGUAACAUUAAGGCAGUCCUCACUCCUUCCAAUAAUAACAGAAGAAAAACUACCUCCGACUUUCCUUUCUCAGUUGAAGAUAGAACCGCAAGUGUUAGCGUAAACAUCCCAGCUAGACCCCCACGACAUCACGUGACCCGCCCUCCUCCUAGCAAGCACCACAGACGAGCUCGCUGGAUUGUGGGCAUCUUAAUAAUCCUCAUCUUGUUGGGGCUCGUUGCCGUGGCAAUAGCGCUUGUCGUUACGGCAACCGCCCCUGGGGAGACGUGGUACAGAAAGAGUGUCAUAUACCAGUGCUACCCUCAGUCGUUCCAAGACAGUGAUGGUGAUGGGUUCGGUGACUUGGAGGGAAUCAGGAGUAGGAUCUCGUACUUUAAGGAGCUAGGUAUUAGGGGGGUGUGGCUCAACCCGAUAUACCCCUCUCCCAAGAGAGACAACGGCUAUGACAUUUCUAAUUAUACAGAUAUUGAUCCUGUGUACGGAAAUAUUGAAAUUUUUAAACGGCUCCUGGCUGAACUCCACGAGAACGACAUCCACUUAAUACUGGACUUUGUACCCAAUCACACUUCCGAUGAGCACCCAUGGUUUAAGGAGAGCAAGGCUAGCAAGACCAACUCAAAGAGAGACUGGUAUGUUUGGGCUGAUGGGGUAGCCCCUGGCUAUCCUCCUAAUAAUUGGUUGAGUGUAUUUGGUAAUAGUUCGUGGAGUUACGAUGAGACAACAGAUCAAUGGUAUUAUCAUCAGUUCUCCUCCUACCAGCCCGACCUCAACUACAGUAACCCUCAAGUAAAGCAAGUCAUGGAGGACGUCCUCAAGUUCUGGCUGGAUCUCGGAGUGGACGGUUUCAGAGUUGAUGCUGUGGAGUUUCUCCUCGAGGACCCACAACUACAGAAUGAGACCCUCAACCCGUUAUUCAACGAGAGUGAGUGCUCCUCUCCUCCUUGCUAUGACUCGUUGGUUCACAAUCUAACGACUAACUAUCCUGGCAUUCAUGAACUCUGCCGGGACUGGAGGAAACUAGUCAAUGGUUACUCUAUACAGGAUCGAUCGGAGAAGAUUCUAAUUGGCGAGAUUUACGAUAACAUAGAGACUGUCAUGACAUACUACGGGAACUCUUCCAAUGAAUUCACCUUCCCCUUUAAUUUCUUUCUACUUGUUAAUUCUGACUGGUCCGGCGUGAGGAUUAACUGUAUCGUUAAAAGCUGGCUAGACAGAAUGCCAGGUGGUGCUACGGCGAAUUGGGUCCUUGGUAAUCACGAUAACUCACGCAUAGCAACAAAGGCUGGGCUCUUCCGAGCUAGAGCCCUCCUACUCCUUCUCCUAACCCUCCCAGGGACUCCUGUCACAUAUUAUGGAGACGAGAUACUCAUGACGGAUGUGUAUGUGCCUUUGGAUAAAAGGAACGAUACUUUCGAAGGCAGAGACUCAGAGAGGACUCCGAUGCAAUGGAACACUAGCAAUCACUCUGGCUUCACCUUCCCUAACGCUGAGCCAUGGCUGCCACUAGCUACUAAUUACUCUCUCUACAAUGUAGAGGUCGAGAAGGAUAACUCUACUUCAAUGCUCUCUCUGUAUAAGAAGCUCCUUCAGUUGCACAGCACCGAGGCUGCUUUCUACGAAGGAGAGUACAUGUGUCUCGAUGCCACAAAAGACCUCCUGGUGUAUUUACGCUGGAAGGAAAGCGAUGCCAAUUAUAAAGAGUAUUACAUUAUUGUCAUUAAUUUCAGCGAUCAAGACACCAAUACUAAGAUAUCUAUAGAUUUUGCUAACACAGAGCUUGUGUUUAGCACAUAUCUUGACAGGUCUAAUGUAUCACUAAAAAGUAUUUCACUGCGUAAAGGCGAAGGGGUCAUUAUAAGAGGCUAUUUGUCUGAUACCUGUAACAAGGCUGACCUAUCAAGCAGUGCUAGCCCGUCCUGCAGUGCUGGUCCUUGUUUGUGAACUAUAUUGACUCUGUGUGUUACGUUUUUUAUUAUUAAUUUUUGUAAUUUAUUUUAAAUAUAUUUUGUGUUUGAAUCAAAUUUUUUUAUAAAAGCCUUAAAUUUUUGCUUGGUCCAGUAA